ACGCCCCCUCGCCCGCGGCCCCCUCCCCGCCUCUCUCCGCCGCCUCCUCUCGCUCCCCGGUCAGAAGGCCGGAGCGAGAAGAUGGCGAAGACGUACGAUUAUCUGUUCAAGCUGCUGCUGAUCGGCGAUUCAGGGGUGGGCAAGACCUGCCUCCUGUUCCGCUUCUCGGAGGACGCCUUCAACACCACCUUCAUCUCCACCAUCGGAAUUGAUUUUAAAAUCAGAACGAUAGAACUAGAUGGAAAGAAAAUUAAGCUUCAGAUAUGGGACACAGCGGGCCAGGAAAGAUUCCGAACAAUUACCACAGCAUACUACAGAGGAGCCAUGGGAAUUAUGCUGGUCUAUGACAUCACAAAUGAAAAGUCCUUUGACAAUAUUAAAAAUUGGAUAAGAAACAUCGAAGAGCAUGCCUCUUCAGAUGUUGAAAGAAUGAUCUUGGGUAACAAAUGUGAUAUGAAUGACAAAAGACAAGUAUCAAAAGAAAGAGGGGAAAAGUUAGCAAUUGACUAUGGGAUUAAAUUCUUGGAGACAAGUGCAAAAUCCAGUACAAAUGUAGAAGAGGCAUUUUUUACACUUGCACGAGAUAUAAUGACAAAACUCAACAGAAAAAUGAAUGACAGCAAUUCAUCAGGAGGAGGUGGGCCAGUGAAAAUAACAGAGAACCGAUCAAAGAAGACAAGUUUCUUCCGCUGUUCGUUGCUUUGAUGAACUCUUUCUGAGAGACUGCAGCACACCUAGAGGAACCUUUCCUGCUUCUCUGAAAGCACAGGUCCCCAGCCUCAGAAUCACACCGCCCGGCUGCUGCGGAGAGCACCUUUGAACCUAGACAUCCCAACACACAAUGCCAAGUGGACUCAGCCUCAGGGCCUAGCAAAAUCACAGGCUCCUGUUUUCAAACAUGGAAGCAAUGAAGUGGAGACGUGUGCAGGACUGAACCUUGUUUUCCCUUUGUUUUACUGCCCGUUGCAGAAGCUGCUGUCUUUGUUUUCACUUGUACACCAGUGUUCAACUUUCCCUGCUACUGCACAAGCUUAGACUCACACGUCUGUGCAGUUUUGGCUCAUGAAAUUCUAGACAGAUUUGUGUGUUUGGGAAUUUUGUUUUAAAGACUACAACAUUUAAAGCAGGGUUAAUAUACUGAAAUUAAAGAACAUUUGGUCCAGUUCUUACAGCCAA